AUGUAUAUUACAUACAGUGUAUACAAUCAACAACUCACAGUUAAAGCCUCAACGGCAUCUUCAACCAGAACCAUGAGUAGUCCUGAGAAAGAAUUCAUAACUAAGUUUGUUGCUCUGGCUUCGGUUCAAGCCUCCGGUGUGAGCGCUGAUGCGAAAGUACCACAACAAAAUGUGACAAACUUAGGUGUAGCUUUACCGCCAUUGCGUUACAGAUACGACCACAGGAGAGCCAAAAAAAAUGCCACCGACUCUGCUACGAUCAAAUUGCGCUUGAAGUCCAUAAGAUCUCCGAAGUUCGCGCAUGCUCAAGACUUUGCCACCUCACAGACUAUAUACCACGUUAAACAGCAUCUGGCCGAAGUUGAAGAAAGCAUUUUGGAUUCUUCGCAACUGAAGAUCUUGUUGAAGGGAAAAGUGCUUCACGACAACAUGCUGCUGUCCGAUUUGAAGGCAGCAGAGGCUGAUUUGGUCGUGAUGGUGUCGAAGUUCGAUAAGCAGCCUGCCGUUGCUUCACCACCACGCUCUGAACCUGGCAUUACGAAAGGCGAGGUUCCUUGGGAGAAAAUCCGAACUCUUUUGCGUGCCGAAAUUCCAGACGCAACGCAAGCAGCGUCCACUUUCGAGCGACUUCAACAAGGAUGGCAAGCAACCGAAUCUAACGACCUCGAUUAG